CUCGCAGAUCCAGACAAACUUUCGCAGCUCGCGCGUCAUUGGAUCGGAGGUUUACUAACCCAUCUUCCAGCCAUGUUGGCCAUCUGCUCGCCAACUGUGAAUUGUUAUCGUCGGUUGCAUAAGAAGCUCGCCCCCGAUGCUGUUAAUUGGAGCAUAAAUGAUCGAUUCGUGUCUAUUCGUGUCAAAAACACCGAUGAGAAAAGGACUUAUGUAGAAAAUCGUCUUCCCUCAUCAGCAUCUUGUCCGUAUCAUGUGUUGGCAUCCACCAUUGCUGCCGGAAUGGACGGUAUUGAACGCAAACUGGAACCUUGUGAGCAAGGCCAAAAGCCGAUUCAGGGUCGCCCGUCUCCCACUUGUCCAUUAUUACCCAGCACGUUGCAGGAAGCACUGCAAUUGUUGAAGAAUGAUCAUGCAUUUGUAGAGAAGAUAGGUCCAGAGUUUGUGGACUGGUACUGCCAAGUGAAAGAACGAGGCGACCUUUUCAGUUUGGGCCAUAUUGACAUAAAGAAAGAUUCGAAGGUCAACUUGGCUUGCGAAAGAUAUGAAUAUUUACAGUACAUUUGAAGGUGCGGUAAAAUUUAUUUGAUAACGAGUUAAUUGCGAAUACGGUACUUUGUUC